AUGGAUGACGAAGAAAUGAAAAAUAUCUUUUAUGAUUCAUUAGAAAACACUUAUGACUCUCUACCAAACCAUUGUGUUAAGUUAAUAAUGGGAGACCUAAACGCCCAAAUAGGACAGGAAGAAAUAUAUAAAGCUGUUGUAGGGAAACAUAGCCUUCACGAAAGAAGUAACGAUAACGGGAUAAAGCUGAUGAAUUUCGCUAUAAGCAGAGGAAUGAAUAUCAGUAGCACGCAGUUUCCCAGAAAGAAUAUGUAUAAACAUACGUGGAUAUCACCAGGUGGCAGAUCCACCAGCCCAAUAGACCAUGUACUAAUAAAUAAUAGAUAUAAAUCAAAUGUUACAAAUGUUAAAAGCUAUAGAGGAGCAGAUGUAGAUUCGGACCAUUAUCUUGUAAUUGGAGUCUUCAAGAGUAAAAUGGCAGCAAAUAUUGAAGAAUUGGAGGACAAAUGGAAUAUAGUUAAAGACUCAAUAACAGAAACCGCAGAGAGCAUAAUACAAUUCACACAAAGCUCAAAAAAGAAUAAAUGGUUCAACGAACGUUGUAAACAAGGAAUCCAGGACCGUAACAAUGCUAGAAUUAAAGCAAUCCAGGUACCCACACCUGAUAACAUCAUUGAAAUUGAGAUCAAAAGGAAAGAAGUGUCAAGGUUAAUCAGAAAAGAGAAAAGAAUGUUAGAAAAAGCAAAGAUUGAAGAAAUCGAAAGGUAUAAAUACAAUCCAAGAGAAUUCUUUAAAAGGUGCAAGACAAUUAAAGCUGGCUUCAUCCCGCCUAUACUAUCCCUAAUAGAUGAAAAUGGUGCCCUGAUAUAUGGUCCAGAAAUCAUAGUUAACAAAUUCAAAGAUUAUUUCAAAGAAUUACUUAAUAAAAUACCAGAUAAUGACAAUAACGACAAAGAAACUAGAGCUUAUUACACAAUAGACCAGGAAGUACUUGCCCCUAGCCUGGACGAAACAAAAGUGGCAAUUCACACUCUGAAAAAUAAAAAGGCAUUAGGGGAAGACAGGAUUAACUCUGAAUUUUGGAAGAUAGGAGGCCAAGAAGUAGAAAGGGAACUACAUUCGGUAAUUCUACAAAUAUGGGAAGAAGAAAGGCUCCCGGAAAGCUGGAAAGAAACACUUAUUUGCCCAAUAUUCAAAAAAGGAGAUCGAAGAAAAAGAUACGCCGAAGAAACUGUAGGUGAAUACCAAAGUGGAUUCAGAAAAGGAAGAUCAACCACAGACCAUAUAUUUGUAAUGAGACAAUUAAUGGAAAAGCAUUAUGAAUACGCAAAAGACCUACAUAUGGUGUUUGUGGACUAUAAACAGGCCUAUGAUAGCGUGAACAGGGAAAAACUAUGGGAGGUGCUCAAGACAUUUGGGAUCCCUUUGAAAAUUAUCAAAAUGGUAUAA